GUGGUUGCGUAGCGGCUGGAAGCUUCUUCCAAAACAAAAGCAGUGCCGCUCACUUCCGGAAUUGCGCUGCCACGGAAGCAGGUGGUGCUCUGUACGUCGACGGGAAUGUCGAGCAGACUGAGAACAGCUCUGCGCAUGUUGAGAAUUGCGCUUCGGAAGAAAGUGGUGGGGGCUUCUUCGUCGCACGGAACUUUGUGGUGCAAAAUGAAAGUCGCGUACGUUUUGCGAAUUGCACUGGCCGCAAACGUGGCGGUGGCAUGUCGACCUCUGCACUCGUGGGCGGCAAGCUUCACUUCUCGGGGUGUCAGGCUGAAGCAGGUGGAGGCUUGCAUAUUCGAGAAGCUGGAGAAAUCAAACGCGGCUCCCUCGUCUUUGAGGACUGCACUGCCAAUACGAAUGGCGGUGGCAUCCUUUCUGAACCUCCUGGGCCAGGACAUUUCGACAGCCUCAUGUUCAGACGUUGCGAAGCCACUGAAGCAGCCGCACUGGCUUCGGUCCACAGCAAAGCCACAAUCACGAUUGCCAAGCUCCAACUCUUGGACAAUGUGGGCAGUGACGAUGUUGCCGUUGCAGGCAACCUGAGCGUUGGAGCAGCAGUCCUUGACGACACGAAGGGCGUCUCGAUCUCAACACGCGAGUUCUUCACGGCCGAGAGCGUUCUGGACUGCACGCGUGUCAAGAUGUGCCGCUUGCUCGGAGACAAGGCCCAAGUCCUUGGCCUCCGCUGCCCUGUGGGUGCCGGGGUGAGCAAUGCAAGCAACGCAACUGAGCGCGGCUGCCUUGUUUGCCAAGAAGGCCAAACACAGCUCUUGAACGGCACCAACAGCUCCUGCCAUCGCUGCCCUGAUUCAGCUCGCCAAUGUUUCGCCGGACACCUGCGGAUGGAGUCGGGGCUGAUGGUGGAGGAGCACGACAUCAGCAGAACCCUGCACUGCCCCAACCAGGAAGCCUGUCCAGGAGGUCAGCUCCCGCGUGCGGAGGGUGCAGCUGCACAGCCUAUGUGUGCUGAGGGCUACGUGGGCGGUGGAUGCACCAGCUGUGCUGAACAGUUUGCAAGGGCAGACAGCAGCAUACUUGCCUGCACCGCCUGCGAAGAGAAUCCUCGGAAGCAGCUUCUGCGCUGGGCAGUGUUCCUGGUACAGCGGACCUUCCUCUUUGGCCUCUCAGCCAUGAGUGCCCUGGGAGCCGGCUCGGCGGAUGAGGUGAAGCAAAGCGGAGUUUUCCUGAAUCAGUUGAUGGCCUUCGCGACGGUAUCUACCAUGAUGCUGACAGCCGCCAUGCAGACAAACACCGCCAAAGAUAUGCAAAGCUCCACGGUAACAUUCGUCUUUGGCACCACAAUGGUUUUGGCAGAGAUUGCCUCUGGAGGAGGUGCGGGCGCCGCUUCUUCGCAGUGCUUGUUGUCCUACGUUGGCCUGGAAAAGACCUUGUGGGGUGCGCACGUGCUCGACGUGGUUGUUGCCGUAGCGCUGACGUCCACCUUGGCGUUGAAGGAUAGCCGAGUUGCCCUUGUCGCUGGCGUGAACUGCUUCCUGCCGAGCAUUUUGGCCGGUUUCGGCAAGUACUUGGUGUGUUACAGGUUGGAGCGAGAUCUUGGCGAAGGCAUGCGGGGCCUCCAGUGCCCCUUCCUGCCAGGCAGCUCCAGGCCAUUAGGCAUGACGCAGGUCUUGCUUGGCCUGGUAUUGUCAUUCAGCGUGGCCUUGUAUGCAUGGGUCAGCCUAUCCCUCUCCAAGGAGGAUCCGCUGCCACCGCACGUCAAUUUCUUGACAAGCAAGUACCAGCCGCUCUAUGCUUUGUUCGAAGCUGAGCGAUUGGUCAGGAAAUCGUUGCUGAUGCUAAUUGCCGCCGCGCUGCCGAUCACCGCAUCGCCGGCCCUUCAGAUGGGCUGCCUCGGAGUGGUGGUCCUGACGUCCCUCCUUCUGUACGAGCGCUGCCAACCGUAUCACAGACCUGAUUGGAACAGGACAGAGAGUGCCUUGCUGGCAGCCGCGGCGUACAUGAUUACAAUGAUAUCCGGCUUGUUGGCAAAUGAGUCCCACUGGGGGCAUUCCAUCAUGACACAGCGGUGCAUCAUCAUAUCAAUAUUGAUCGUUGUAGCAACCGCCAGCGUUUACAUGAGCUUCCGAGUGAUCCGUGAGCUAGUCAGGGAACGGGCCCUGGCAAAGAGGGCGCGAGAGGGACAACUCUGA